AUGUGGCGCCUAUUCAACUGGUCCUCAAGCUCGCCCGCGAAAGAGCCACCACGAGGCCUUCCAGCAUCAUGGUAUCGAUCCGAAGCGCUCUACCAACUCGAACGGCGAGCCAUCUUCUCCAAAAGAUGGUUAUUGCUCACCCAUUCCUCCCGAUUUGGCAAACAAGGCGACUAUCUCUCAUUCACCGUUGCCAACCUAUCUUUCUUUCUCGUUCGAGACCGCGACGGAAACAUCAAUGGCUUCCACAACAUCUGUCGACACCGCGCCUUUCCCGUCGUUCAGUCUCGGUCCGGAUCCGCUUCGAUUCUUAGCUGUAAAUACCACGGCUGGUCAUAUGCUCUGAAGGGGAAUCUUUCCAAAGCACCCCGCUUCGAAAUGGUCCCUGAAUUCGACAAAUCUCAUCAUGGACUGCUACCUGUACACGUCCACAUCGACAAAGCCGGUUUCGUCUGGGUGAAUCUACAAGCAGGUGAUCCGGAGGUGAGAUGGGACGAAGAGUUCCAAAAGAUCGAUGAGCAACCACGCAUGCAAGACUUUGAUUUCGCGGACGAUUACACAUUCGACCACUACUGGGAAAUGGACGUCGAUGCCAAUUGGAAGGGCUUAAUUGAAAACUACAAUGAGUGCUAUCAUUGCGCCACUUCGCAUCCGCUUAUUAGUGGCGUUUCGGAUCUGCCGAGGUAUCGGGUUGAGCCGAAUGCGGGCUAUAUGGAGCAUCAUAUUUUCAAUAAGGAGCAAACUGAUAGUCAGUUUCGGAGGGCUAUUACUUAUUUCUUUCCUACGACGUCAAUUACCGUUACGGAUAAAUUCUUCUACAUUCAACGCAUGAUCCCUGUGACUGCUACUACCAGCAGAGUCGAGAAUGAAGUCUUUCGGCACAAGGAUGCAACGGACAAGGAAUUUGAGGAUAUAAAUGCUUUUUAUCGACAGGUGCUCGAUGAAGAUCGAGAGCUUUGUGUCGGGGCACAAGAAAAUUUGAGUGCAGGGGUUUUUGUCAAUGGAGAACUUCAUCCGAAUAAGGAAAAGGGUCCGAUCCAUUUCCAGGAGAGUGUCAAGCGAAUGGUCAUGGAGCACAGAGCCAAAGAAGAGCAGAGCGGACGGAAGGAAAUUUGGCCUGCUCUCCCUCAACUUCGCAGUACCAUGACUGAAAAGCUGAUUGAGGAAGAGAAGUUCUGCUCGCAGCUCGAAGCGGCUAGUUGUAUGAGCAGGCCCGACUUUGCAUGGUAA